CGCCAGUUACAUCUUAACUGGCAUGGGAAAACUAGAGAUGACCUUAUAGCCCCUACCUGUUCAGGCAAAAGUGCUUACAUUAUGUUCAGACUGGAUGUCUCACAAGGUUAGAAUCUGCAUGUGGGAAUGAGAAACUCUUUCAGCAUUUGUGAGAGAAUUAAAGUAGAAAUAAAACAUAAAAAUACAAGGAAUUAUGCUUAAAUGUAAUUUUUGCCAUUACAUUUCACGCUUUUGAUUACAACCUAAUCACAAUACCACGAUUCCCCUUUAAAAAUGACUCUAACAGAUGAAUCGAUUAUCAAAAUAGUUGGCCAUUGAUUUAAUAUUUGACAACUAAAUGAUUCAUCUUUGCAGCUCUAGCACCAUUCAACAGACUGUGUGCCUCAUAUUAAAGUAUGUGUCUGCAGCUAAAAGUGCUUUCUUUAUGUCUGCAGCUACUGUAUAUCCGGAGAAAUCUAAAAGAGAAAGCACCAGUGGAAACCCCACAUUAUAUUCUGUGUAGAGCUCUUUGCAGAAUUGUUUUACACGUUAUUAUUACCCCGUUUUCUCUGUAGUGCAAAAAAAAAGUGAGAAAGAGAAAAGAGGAACCAUGUGCUUUCUGAGAAGAGUUAUGAAUGGAAAUCUGGAGACAUGAGCUGUAUAUAAAGGAAGCACAGAGCAGGUUUCAAACACAGAUCAAACCUUGAAGAUUGAAGGCUUUCAUCCAAACAGAAGCUCUCCUGUCUUUGAACCAUGAAGUCUCUGGUGGCGCUCGUACUUCUGAUCUGCUUCCUGCAUCACACCCUCUCUUCCGUUCCAGCCGCAUUGUCAAUGCUAGAGGAAGGAUGCUGUUCACGUUACAAUCAAACACGUAUUCCUAAACAUUGCGUGAAACACGUGGCGAUGACCCCGAGUCACUGCAAUCCAAAAGCAAUUGUAUUUACAACUCUGUGUAAGAAGUUGUGUAUUGAUCCUGAUUUGGACUGGGCGAAGAAAAUGUUGGACACAUUUAAGAAUGGAGUUGUCACUUUCAAGAAGUGUAAAAAAUGUCCGGGAAAAGUGUGAGAAUGGUGUUCCUUUGUGUGUCAUGAUCACUUGUUCUUUAUGUUCUUUAUGUACACAGGCAACUUCAGCAGAUAAGUCAUGAUUUAAUUUUAUAUCGGCUUCUGUUUACUUUGAAAACAAUCUAUGUGCAUUCAAAAAAUAAAGUCAAGUUAAGGAAAUCAGGUUUCUCAAAUGAGAUUGGUUCAACUCAGACACCAAAAUUCAACAUUUUAUGAUUUUUUUAUUGAAUGAAUUUACUGUCAGUCAGUGAUCCAAACAUAUCCAUCUGAGAGUUUGAACAACUUGAAUGUAUUCUUUAUAUUUACAGGCUUCAGUUUGUGAUGCUGUUGUUAACUGUUUUGUAUUAAGCAGAUCA